AACGAACAAAACAAAAUGAUUCAGCAAACAUCGAUGAUGUUAAUCAUUUUGAUGAUGAUGGUAAUUUUGUUACCAAAUCUAUUUGAAUCAAAAUGUUGGCAAAAAAAUACUAAACGAGAAGCAAAUCGUGAUCAAUAUAUAUGUCGUAAUCAAUUAUUUGAACCGGGACAAAAAAUUGCUGAUCCAGAAAAUUGUGAUUGUUAUUAUGAUUGUAAUUAUCGUCAACAACCAUGUUAUUCAUGUUGUCCAAAUGGUCAAGUAUUUAGUUCUAAACAAAAUGAUUGUGUAUUACGUUCAGCAUUUCAAUGUCAAAAUCAACCAUUACGUUAUCGUUGUGAAGGACGUGGUUUGUUUCGAAACACCGAACAUUGUAGAAAAUAUUGGGAUUGUCGUAAUAGUAAUGUUGAUGAUGAACCAGUUGAAGAAGCAUGUCCAGAUGAUUAUCAUUGGGAUGAUUCGAAAAAAAUUUGUCGAAAAGAUUCGGAAAUUCCAUUAAUUUUACGUACUUGUAAUGAUAAUUAAAUUAACACUGUGUCACCUACACACACACACACACACACAGCAAGCAAAUUUCCUUGAUUUAAAAAUAA